CGAUGGGAAACACUUAAAAACCAAAACAAAAAGAUAUAUGCAUCUGCAGGAAGCUCAGCUACAGCAGGAAGUACAUCUACAGCAGGACAACCUACAAAAAAAGAGGAAACUAAGGUAAAAUAUACAAAUACAAACAUGAAUAAAUUAUUUUCUAAACCAUAUACUCCUCAAAAUAUCCAAAAAGACGUAUUUGUACCACCACAGAUAAAUACCUAUAAAGCCAACUUAGAUUCACAGAAACAGACAUACAACCACAUAACUAGAAUGUAUAUAGAAAAUAUAUACAAAAUACAAACUUUUCUAAACAGGAACCCCAGACCAAAAGAUACGAAAAACCCAAAUGAAGACUACAUAACCCAGUAUCUACAAGGCUAUAAUAAGCUAAUUGCACAACCCGGAACAAAUCCAAACCUAGUAGCAACCUGCUACAACUAUGGAUUAUUGAGUACUGUAUAUACAAUAACGGGAGAAGAAGUAUCCAAGAUAUCAGAAUUAUAUAAAGCAUUUUUACAAUACAAGAGAGUUACUAAAGGAACUCUAUUUUAUAUAAUGUUCUAUACAGCUACAAUAGAAAUACUAUAUGAUGAGAUCAAGCCUACAAUACAAGCUAUAAAGAUUGGAUUAACUAGGGAAAUGAUAAUCCCUGAAAAAAUAGAUACACAAGAGGAAAUACAAAAGGUGGAUAAUCCAGAGUUUUACGGAAAUAAGAGAACUAUUGGAAUAACUACUAUAUUGAAUGAGAUAGCAAACAACUAUUUGAACGAAAAUGCAAUAUGGAGUUACUAUAAUAGAGAUCAGACAAUCAUCUACUCCAACUGCAGGGAAAUUCGAGCAGCAAAUAUGGAAGACCUAAGGCAGUGGAUAUUAAGCCUAUUAAAAACCAGAGCAAACACCUAUAAGAAGAGCAAUUAGGAAAAAUUUUAUUUCUCCUAAUUUGAUGACAAGAUAUUAAAAAUUAAUAGGAUAAAAAUAUCCCGAUCAUCUAUGUUCAAAGUGUGAAGGAGAAGAUAAUAAUAUUCCAGAUGUACAGCUAGAGUAAAAAUGUAAAAGUAGUAAAAAGUGUAUGUAAAUAGUAUGUGUAAAUAGUAUGUGUGUCGGCCAUAAAUAAAGGCCAUUAUGAAAGUAUUUUUGUCGUUUUGUGUCGGCCAAAGAUAAGGUGGCCAUAUGUAAAAAGUAGUGUCGGCCAUAAAUAAAAGGGUCAUUAUUAUUAGAGUAUUUUGUCGUUUUGUGUUGGCCAAAUAAUAUAAGGCCAAAUGUAAAGUCGGUCAUUUUCUAUUGGCCAAGUUUGUAAAAUUAUUGUAUAAAUAGAGGGCACCUCCCUCAGUAAUAAACAAGCUACUUCUAAUCAA